CUGCUCACGCAGCCCUAAGUGUAUGAGGGAAAAUGUGUCGUCUCGGUCAACAGUUUUUCUCCAAGAUCGCUUUCAAUUCCUUUUUAUCCACGGUGCCGCGGGAGUAUUUCCAUUUUACGAGACACUACCAUAAAAGUUGGUCGUGUAUUGGCUGAUUUUUGCUCAUUUUUCAUUUCACUGCACGAAAAUGCCAAGGACCAAGAAAAAGAGCAGCCGGAAGGGCCAACAUGGAAAUGUUCUGCCUUUCAGUGAUGAGGACGCCUCAAUUGAGACUCUCAGUCAUUGCAGCAGCUUCAGUGACACCGCCAGUUUAGCAGCAGCAGAAGAAGGUGGUGAGUCCAGUGAGGACACAGCCCAGGAGGAUUUCCAGUACAAGUUGAAGGGGUUUAUUGACAGCACAGUGGAUAAGAGUGCUAAAACCAGACAGGGGGCACUGGAUGGGCUAAAGACGGCAAUGGCCACUCGGAUCCUGUACGAGUUCAUCUCGGAGAGAAGGAUGACCAUCACAGACAGCAUCGAGCGCUGCCUCAAGAAGGGCAAAGGCGAGGAACAGCGGGCAGCAGCUUCUUUAGCGUGCCUGCUGUGUAUCCAGCUGGGCUCUGGCAUUGAGAGCGAGGAGGUGCUGAAAACCCUGAAACCUAUCUUCAAAAACAUCUUGGCAGAUGGGUCAGCCAACAUACAAGCCAGGCAGGCUGUGGCAACUAGUUUGGGCCUCUGUACUUUGAUUACAGAAGAUGACAUUAUGGACGUACAUGCCACAAUGGAGUGCUUUGAGAACCUGUUCACCCGGUCCUGUGCAAAAGUGGAUGGUACCUGUCCUUCCAUCAAUCCCCAGACAAGUCAGCUGCACACCAACGCUCUGCUGUCUUGGGCACUAUUGCUCACAAUCUGCACUGCCAACCAGAUCAAAGACAUCCUGCGCAAAUACCUGCCCAAACUGCCACGGUUGCUGGAGAGUGACGAUGUUAACAUGAGAAUUGCUGCUGGGGAGACAAUCGCUCUGCUCUUUGAGCUGGCCAGAGACAUGGACUCUGAAUUUGAGUUUGACCAGUGGGAGGAACUUUGCACUAAACUGAACGCACUGGCCACGGACUGUAACAAGCACAGAGCCAAGACUGACAAGAGGAAGCAGCGGUCUGUGUUCAGGGACGUGCUCAAGGGUGUUGAGGAGGGAGACUUUCAGUCUGAGACCAUUCGUUUUGGGACGGAGCGCAUGACCAUUGACAGCUGGGUCAGAAAGAGGACGUAUGAUGCCUUCAGGGAGUUUGUGGGAUCUGGGAUGAACUACCACCUACAGGCGAAUGAGUUCAUCAGAGACGUGUUUGAACUGGGACCACCUAUUCUGGUUGAUUCCGCGACAAUGAAGGCCAUGAAAAUAUCUCGCUUUGAAAGGCAUCUCCAUAACUCGGCUGCAUUCAAGGCUCGGACCAAGGCCAGAAGCAAGUUCAGGGACAAGAGGGUGGAUGUAGGAGAGUUUUAAAUUAUUAUCGUUUGAGUCUAGUUAACCAUUUGUCAGGUUCCUCUGCUUCUUUUUAAUACUUCGCUCAUCCAUGUUCCUCCCCUGAAAUCUGUCCAAACACACACUUCCUGUAGACUUGUAGAGUUGAUUCCAUUCGACAUUGCUCCGUAAUGAACAAAACAUUUAUUUUUUUUCUAUUGUAAAUACAUUUAAAAUCUGCAGGAGGUGGGUGUCAGAUUUUGGUUGGAGUACAACUUUAAUGUAUCCACCAAGAAACAGCGGUGUUGUACAUGUGUAUAUUUGUUUUGUUCCCCCCCCCCCCCCUAUGUCAAUAUCAAUUUGUGGCCUUUUUUCCUUUUGAACAUUGUAAUAAAUUAUAUAAUUUAGGUAACAUUUGUCUUGCUUAAUAUGUGUGUAUAUAUAUUCCUAUUUAGCAAAGGGUAAAAUCAUGUGUUCUAACUGACCCCUGAGUUUGCAUUAAGUUGCACUACCAUGCUAACACGAGUGGGUUAUUUCCGUAGGACCUCUGUGAAUAUUGUGUUGUAUUUUAAUAUUUGGUCUGUAAUUUAAUGACAAGGGUGGUGGAAUAAAUACCGAGAAGCUGUAACAA